UUUAGGGCGGAAUCCACAUUUUGUGGGUGGGAUUUAGRUACCGUCCAUCUUUAGUGUACUGUACAGCCAGAUUGACGAAAAGAAAACACAAAUUGGAAGUAAAGAAGACUGGGGAAAUAGUUUUAGUUCUAAUUGAAAGAAACAAACGAAAAGCCCAAACCCUAGACGGUAUGAGGACAUUGUCGUAGUGAAGCCAUGGCUGAUAAGAGAAAACUCCAAGGUGAAAUUGACAGAUGUUUGAAAAAGGUCGCUGAAGGCGUAGAACAGUUUGAAGACAUUUGGCAGAAGCUUCACAAUGCAGCCAAUGCCAACCAAAAGGAAAAAUAUGAGGCAGACCUUAAAAAAGAGAUUAAAAAGCUACAGCGAUUGAGGGAUCAGAUAAAAACAUGGGUGGCAUCAAAUGAGAUCAAAGACAAAAGGCAGCUAGUGGAGAAUCGCAAGGUCAUAGAGACGCAAAUGGAGCGGUUUAAGGUGGUAGAGCGGGAGACAAAGACGAAGGCCUACUCUAAAGAAGGCCUGGGGCUCGCCCUGAAAGUGGACCCAGCUCAGAGGGAGAAAGAAGAGACGGGAAACUGGCUAACGAAUACYAUAGACACUCUAAAUAUGCAGGUGGACCAGUUUGAGAGUGAGGUGGAAUCCCUCUUCAUUCAAACCAGGAAGAAGAAAGGAGAGAAAGAGAAGCAGGAUCGCAUUGAGGAGCUAAAGAGGUUUAUAGAAAGGCAUAGGUACCACAUUCGCAUGCUGGAGACCAUCCUGCGCAUGCUAGACAACGACUCGGUGCAGGUGGACUCCAUCCAGAAGAUCAAGGACGACGUGGAGUACUACAUGGAGUCGUCACAGGACCCAGACUUUGAGGAGAACGAGUUCAUUUACGACGACCUGGAUCUGGAGGACAUCCGUGAGUCGCCCAUGGACAGCCAGGAGCUCGAUGACGAGUCCUGGGAUGAUCAUGAUGAUGAUGCUCAUGCUAUCAGCUCUGCAGCGCUGGUGGCCAKCUCUCCGACGGGCAUGGGGAACAUAGAGGAUGAGAUGUUCCUCCACUCGAGCAGCACUCCCACCUCCACCACCUCCUCUUCCCCCAUCCCUCCAUCCCCGGCCACCUGCACUGCUGAGAACUCUGAGGACGAUAAGAAGAGAGGGCGGUCGACAGACAGUGACGUUAGUCAGUCUCCUGCGAAGAACGGCACUUCCUCCUUGUUGUCCUUUUCCUCUUCCGCCAAUUCCGGGUCCUCUUCUUCCUCCUCUCUUGUAUCCAUGGCCGCCGUUGUCGGAGGCAACCCUGGGGUUCCCACAAGCAACAGUCUAAUAGGAAGCUUCAGCAGCGCCGUGCAACAACAUCAGCCUCAACCUCCACAGCAACCAGUCCUGCAGCCACUGCUACAACCACAACAACCCCAAACAAAACCUUGCACCCCCAGCCCACCCAGCCACCCCCUCCUCUCCACRGCCCCCUCUCUCCCCACACCCACUACACCCAUCUCAGCCUCCCCAAACUCCCUGCCCCAGGUCUCGUCUGGUCAUAUCCUCAACUCCAGCCUAGGCCUUGGGUUGGGCCUGGGUAAAGUUGGCAUGACGGGGACAAGCAGUGCCAACUCAAUGUCUGGUCUGGGCCUGACUGGGAUGUCUGCCUCUCUGAACACCAUGGCAGGCCUGCUCUCUGGGUCCACCCAUGCCCCUUACGCCCAGGCAGCCGCGUUGGGAGGCCUGGGUCUGAGUAGCACCACCCAGUCCAGUGUCUCAAUGGAGAGCUCCUCCAUCCCCACCUCUUGCUCCAGUGGAGUGACCACCAACGGGGCUGGGACAGGCCUGGGCCUGCUGGGGUCCAGCCCAGCACACGGCUCCCUGACUGGGGGGAUCCUGGGCCUGGUGCCUGGGCAGAGUGUGAUCCCUGGGCCCCCUCUGAUCCCUCUCAGCCCGGUCGGUGCUGCCCCUGGGGGGGCAGUGGGGAUGAUGGGAGGAAACGGAGGAAGCAUGGGGCCAAUCGGAGGAGUAGUUGGGUCGAARGCAGCCCCUGCCAGACCGCCCAGUGGACUGAAGCAGAACGGAAGCACAAGUUACAGUGCUGUGGUGGCAGAGAGCACAGCAGAGUCUGCCUUCAGCACACCCAGCCAAUCACAGAGCAGCCAGCCUUCCUCGCUGACCUCAUCAGCCAGUCAGCCUAUGGACAACGGUCCCAGCCUCAUCAGCUCCAUCACCUUACCCCCCAGCUCUCCGUCCCCCUCGUUUUCAGACAGUAUCCCCGGUGGUGGGAGUCUCCUCAACGGACCCCACUCCUACACACAGGCCUCUGAGGGCCUCAAGCUUCCUACAGACCUCCGUCAGAUACUGAUGGAGACCAGAAUGUCAGCGCAGGRCCCAGAGCCYCCAGGGGCCAUGGCUACAGCCACUAACACACGAAAGAGAAAGCAGUGUCAGGCCCCGGAGCCUCUGAGUUCUCUGAAGGCGAUGGCUGAGAGAGCAGCAUUAGGAUCAGGUCUGGAUGGAGAGAUCCCCAACCUGCARCUCACAGACAGAGACAUCUUCUCUGGUUCGUCGGCUGCCCCCGGCACGCCCGCGGCCCCCCAGCCCUCCCUGUCGGAGGUGAGCAUCCCCCCUUCCCUGGGGGUGUGUCCCCUGGGUCCCACUCCGCUCUCCAAGGACCAGGUGUACCAGCAGACCAUGCAGGAGUCUGCUUGGACACACAUGCCGCACCCCUCAGACUCCGAGAGGAUCAGGCAAUACCUGAUGAGGAACCCAUGCCCCACCCUGCCAUUCCAUCAUCAGAUGCCCCCCCACCACUCAGACUCUAUAGAGUUCUACCAGAGACUGUCRACAGAGACUCUCUUCUUCAUCUUCUACUACCUGGAGGGCACUAAAGCUCAGUACCUGUCAGCCAAGGCUCUGAAGAAGCAGUCGUGGAGGUUCCACACCAAGUACAUGAUGUGGUUCCAGAGGCACGAAGAACCCAAGACUAUCACUGAUGAGUUUGAACAGGGCACUUACAUCUACUUUGACUAUGAGAAGUGGGGUCAGAGGAAGAAGGAGGGGUUCACCUUUGAGUACAGGUACCUGGAAGACCGAGACCUGCAGUGACAGAGMGGCGGAGAAAGAGGGAGGAGAAACGUGCUGCUGUUGACAUUCCGAGACUGAACUAACUCCAUGCUGUGGAUAGAGAUUGUGAUGUGUAGUAGAACCCUGCUCCUAAAAUGGAGGAUGUUGUCUGUAUAGGCUGRGUCUAAUGGCACCCUACUCCCCACAUAGUGUACUACUCCGGCCCAAAGCCCUAGUAGUGCACUACAGUACGUGGGGAAUAGAACCCCCUACCUAUAACUGGCCCUGGUCAGAAGUAGUGUACUAGGGGGGAGUAGGGAGUCGUUACAGAUCUGUGCCUGUCUGAGCACUCAGUUUGUGGCAUUACAUUAGGAAGCUCCACGCAUGUUCCCCAUGUUGUUUUUGUUUUUCUUUCUGUUUCAACAACAAACUGUACUGCCCCCAACUGGAGUAUAGAAGCCUUGGACUAAACAACAAGCAAACAUACAUUGGAUUUGGUUACAWGUGAAAAAAGCCCAUCUUGCUUGAAUUGACUGUAAUUAGUGGUUUAGAAUGGAGACAUARAGUUGUCUAGCUAGCCAGCAGACAGGGCAAACUGGGCUCCUUUUAAGAUGUUAUGAUGCCUGUUGAUUAAGGUCACUAUUAGGGAUAGUGAGUGAUUAUCAAUAGUUUUAUUGAUGUUGUCUUGGUCGAUAAAACACUGAUUGAGAAUGACCACAUGGCCUCUUCCUUUUGAUGGGGAUAGAGAGGCAUUAUUGGACAUUGGAUUAAAUUGCUAUGCAAUUGAACUGGUCUCUGCCUCCCUCUCUCUUUACAAAUAAAAUKUUUUAAAGUUUAA